AUGAGCUCAUCGAGGCGUAGGAAUAACAGCAUUCUCAAGUCCAGAGAAAGAAUUCUGACCUCAUCGGCCUUUGUGCAGGAUGAAUGGAGCUAUGAAGCGCCAAGUCUCCCUGGCUUAUCCGGUAGGUGCGCUACACUGACUGCAACGGAAGACCUAAAGUCCGAUAUGGAUACCUUUCUUUCCGAAAGGAUGGGUGAGAUGCGCUUGUAA